CGUAAACGCGAGGGUACUUCGAAGGAGUUAUUUCGGCGCGGCUAUUUUCGCCGUUUUUAACGCGGGUAUUAUGAGGGAUGCCGGGUGUCUACGCAUGUUUUAUACGAUGCUAUCUGUGUUGGUGCUGUCAAAAGGCAGCCACAGCAUAGAGGUGGCGAAAGACCAGGUUGACAAAGUGAUCGAAGAAGAGCUCACUCAUAAGCUGGCCGAGGACCUGCUGCAGAGCAUCGAGAGAAAGUUCCAGGUGGAUUUGGAAAGAUCAGUGGACAUGGUGCUGGUGAAGAUAAAGCUGCUGCUGCAGAACGGGACAAUGCACAUCCAGGACCGGCUGGUGGAGCUGCAGGGACAGCUCGACGGCAUGAAGAAGGACAGCGAGACUGAGCUGGACGCCUGCCUAAUUGCCCGCCAGAACGAUACGUCAGCGCUGGCAGAGAAGGCUUUACACCAGAUGGUGGUCUGCGGGUACGCGCUCAUCGGCCACGACCCUGCGCAGGCGGUGCGGAAGGUCAUGGUGCUGAAGAACAUGAUCAAUGUAGGGUUGAAGCCGCUCUACGAACAAAAGAACGAAAUUUACAACCUGCUAAAAGUCUGCGGUCACGACCACGACACCCUGAAGAAGGUCAUCAAGUGCGUCAUUUCGAAGUCUCCUAUAAUUAAGUCAGCCAUGAUGGAUGUCACUGGCAAGCUUAUAGACGGAGUGGUGGGCUUAACAAAACUCAUGGCUCACGGGGCGAUGCACGAAGCCUGCCUCAUAGAAGUCAUCAAGACCACCGAAGAAGAAGCAUUCCAACUGGUGUACAAAAUUAGAAACUGUGUCAAUGGCAACCAAACCUACAACCAAGACUAUGUUGAUAGGUUUAUUGAAGAAAAUAAUGCUACAGUCAUCGAUGUCGAUAAAAGAGAACCUAAAAAAGAUAAACAUAAAAGCGAUAAACCUAAAAGUGACGUAAAUGAUAUAAUCAGAAGAAUGCUUGCCGAGAAUAACGAUGAAUUACAGCCAAGCUUGAAACAGAAGCUAGCUAAACUGCAAAGUGAUUUAGGCUCAAUGAAUACAAAUUUGAUUUCAAAGGAAAUUAUUAAAGGUGAUAAAUAG